AUAAAAAGAAAAAGCGGAGAAAAGCAGGGAAAAACAACUAAACCAAAAGCAAAGUAAUCAAGUUUAAAUCAUUUUUUAAGAGCCGAAAGCACAAACAAAGCGUUUUCUCUCUGUUUUCAUUUUUCUGUUAUUUUAUUUUUGUUGUUUAAUUAAUCUUUCUCUGAAGAGAGAGAUAGAGAGAAAGAUUGAAAAGAGAACGGAACCAACCGCUUCAAGAAACAUUGAUCCAAUGCUCACUCGUAAAUAGAUCUGCGUCUUCUCUACCAUUGCCUUCAUCUACUUCUACCUCAGUACCGGGGAAUAGAAUAGAAGAUCUUAAUUGAAUGACGUCCAUUUCUUGUCUGCUCUGUUCAUGCGCUGCGUAGCAUUGCUGUGUUGAAGAAGAUAUGGAAACUGGGGAAAACAACAAUGGUAACGAGGGAUGUAUCAUAUACAAGUCAUGGUGCAGCCAAUUUCGAAAUGCAUCCAAUCCUUGGAUGGCAAGAUAUGUCUAUGGCUUGAUUUUUCUUGUGGCAAAUCUCCUGGCCUGGGCUGCUCGUGACUACGGUCGUGGUGCUUUAACAGAAAUGGAGAGAUUAAAAGGAUGCAAUGGUGGAAAAGACUGUUUGGGUGCUGAAGGUGUUUUGCGUGUGAGCUUGGGUUGCUUUAUAUUCUAUAUCAUACUUUUUUUGUCAACUACUGGCACUUCUAAACUAAACCAAGUCAGAAAUACAUGGCACUCUGGAUGGUGGUCAGUCAAGAUUGUUCUCUGGGCUGUCAUGACUGUCAUCCCAUUUUUUCUUCCUUCUGGCUUUAUUCAAAUUUAUGGGGAGGUGGCGCAUUUUGGUGCCGGGGUUUUCCUCCUAAUUCAACUAAUAAGCAUAAUCAGCUUCAUCACAUGGCUGAAUGAUUGCUGUGCGUCUGAAAAAUAUGCAGCACGUUGCCAAAUUCAUGUGAUGUUGUUUGCAACGACUGCAUAUGUCGUCUGUUUGGUGGGGAUCAUUUUGAUGUACAUUUGGUAUGCACCAGAACCAUCUUGCCUUCUCAACAUUUUCUUCAUUACUUGGACUCUAGUACUUGUCCAACUCAUGACUAGCGUGUCUUUGCACCCAAAAGUUAAUGCUGGUAUUCUAACUCCAGGGCUGAUGGGGCUUUAUGUUGUCUUCCUAUGCUGGUGCGCUAUUAGAAGUGAACCUGCUGGAGAAAACUGCAUCAGGAAGUCAGACUCUGCUACCAAAACGGACUGGCUAAGCAUCAUUAGCUUUGUUGUUGCAAUACUUGCAAUCGUUAUAGCGACAUUUUCAACAGGCAUAGAUUCCAAAUGCUUUCAGUUCCGGAAGGAUGAUACGCCAGCAGAGGAUGAUGUACCGUAUGGUUAUGGCUUCUUCCAUUUUGUUUUUGCCACUGGAGCAAUGUAUUUUGCUAUGCUAUUGGUUGGAUGGAAUAGUCACCAUUCUAUGAGAAAAUGGACAAUUGAUGUGGGCUGGACAAGCACCUGGGUCAGAAUAGUAAAUGAAUGGCUGGCAGUCUGUGUUUAUUUGUGGAUGCUGGUAGCUCCAAUGAUAUGGAAGAGUAGACAUGCUGCUUCUACUUGAGAAAUUUGAGACAUAACCAUCCUAGUUGUGAAGUUUUGUUGAGAAUGAAUAUAUUCAUAGUCCCAUAUCUCCCCUGUACAUGUAGUGGACUCCUCCAGCUCUGCAGAUAGGAAAAAGAAUUGCAAUUACACCAUCCAGAAAAUUCCUUCUUACACAUAAAAACCGAUUGUUCUUUAGAGGACACUGGAUGCACGAAUAUGGAUUGGAUUUGUGCUAUUUCCGCAUGAAGAUAUGCAGUCCUUUCACCCCAUCAAGGGAGUAACAAAGAGAACUACAUUUUUUACCUGUACAUGUGUCAAUGAGGAAGCUUAAUGUUAAAACAAUUUAAUAGAUGCAUAUUUCAAUCAUUUUUUGAAUUAUCAGUCUCAUUGAUAGAGAAGUUUUGAUGCUGACUUUACCAUAA